AUCAAUCGAUCGCCAUGGCUAUGAAUAAGGCACCCUUCCAGCUCCUGGAGAUCAAUGUGAUAUCGGGCCAGGACUUGGCCCCUCUAUCCCGUAACAUGCGCACUUACGCGGUCGCCUGGGUCCACCCUGACCGCAAGCUCUCCACGCGUGUCGACACCCGUGGCCACACUGACCCAACCUGGAAUGACAAAUUUGUGUUCCGUGUCGACGACCAGUUCCUCCAAUCCGACACCUCCGCCGUCUCAAUCGAAAUCUACGCCCUUCGUUGCUUCCGAGACGUCCGCAUCGGAACCGUUCGAGUCCUUGUGGGCAACCUCGUCCCAUCUAACGCCCGUAACGGUGGUUCCACCAUCCGCCAUGUUGGUAUGCGAUUCGUAGCUCUUCAAGUCCGACGUCCCUCAGGUCGUCCACAGGGUAUCCUCAACAUCGGGGUGGCAGUCCUCGACAGUUCCAUGAGAAGCAUGCCACUCUAUACCGUCGCUAACUCCGCCGUCGGUUACCGUGAUCUCAUGGGAGAAGAAUCCCACACUCCUCACCAUCAUCACCACCCACCUCCCAAGGUCCAGCUCCGCCGCACCAAGAGCGAUGGCACCGACACCAUCAAUACUACCGAUAUCACGUCGCAAAAAACCAUCAAUACUACCGAUAUCGCGUCGCAAAAAACCAGCUCCGUCGUCAAUGGAUCGGAGCUUGGAAUCAGUGUCGUUGGUGGAGCAACACCGUUAAAGGUGAUUACGACGACGACACCCACGAAUGGAUCGAUGUACACGGAAUCGGAAAUUGGUCCACCGGCGUCAGUGGUGGCGGCGGGACUGGUGGCGGAUGACUUAUUCCCUUCAGCGGAGGUGGGGAGCUCGAUAUUGGAGGGUUGGAGUGUGGAAGAAGGAGGGGUUGAGGGUUUGAGGUCGAAGCUAGAGAAGUGGAGGAAGGAGCUUCCACCAAUUUACGAUAAUGGGUAUGGGCAUUAUCGUCGGCCGCAUCGGAGGCAUACGCGGAGGCACACAGAGAUGGGGGGAGGACUCUUCUCAUGUUUCGGCGGCAGGUUUGGGUGUGAGUGCGCCAUCUUCUGUGGCCCGAAACCGAAGAGGAAGAAGAAGGGUGGCAACAACGACAAAUUUCAGCUCAGCCCUUCUGAUUCUCUGAUGCUGACGACACCUUCACGUCUAAUAUAUCCUCGAGGGUGAAACUUGAGAUUUGAGAAACAAGAAGAACCAGCAGCAGCA